UGGGCGGCCCGCGUUGCGUCCCUUAAGAGCCGCGGGAGCGCGGAGCGGCCGCUGUUCGCCUGCGCCGCGCCCGGAGCUGCCGACGGACCCAGCACCCCCACCCCUGCCCGGCCGCCCGCCCGCCGCCGCCAUGCCCUUCUCCAAUAGCCACAACACGCUGAAGCUGCGCUUCCCUGCCGAGGACGAGUUCCCCGACCUCAGCGGCCACAACAACCACAUGGCCAAGGUGCUGACCCCCGAGCUGUACGCUGAGCUGCGAGCCAAGAGCACGCCGAGCGGCUUCACGCUGGACGACGUCAUCCAGACCGGCGUGGACAACCCGGGCCACCCCUAUAUUAUGACCGUGGGCUGCGUGGCGGGCGACGAGGAGUCGUACGACGUGUUCAAGGAGCUCUUUGACCCCAUCAUCGAGGACCGGCACGGCGGCUACAAGCCCAGCGACGAGCACAAGACCGACCUCAACCCCGACAACCUGCAGGGCGGCGACGACCUGGACCCCAACUACGUGCUGAGCUCGCGAGUGCGCACGGGCCGCAGCAUCCGCGGCUUCUGCCUCCCCCCGCACUGCAGCCGCGGGGAGCGCCGCGCCAUCGAGAAGCUCGCGGUGGAAGCCUUGUCGAGCCUGGACGGCGACCUGACGGGCAGAUACUACGCGCUCAAGAGCAUGACCGAGGCGGAGCAGCAGCAGCUUAUCGACGACCAUUUCCUCUUCGACAAGCCUGUGUCGCCCCUGCUGCUGGCCUCGGGCAUGGCUCGAGACUGGCCAGACGCCCGCGGCAUCUGGCACAAUGACAAUAAGACCUUCCUGGUUUGGAUCAACGAAGAGGACCACCUGCGGGUCAUCUCCAUGCAGAAGGGGGGCAACAUGAAGGAGGUGUUCACCCGCUUCUGCAACGGCCUCACCCAGAUUGAAACGCUCUUCAAGUCUAAGAACUAUGAGUUCAUGUGGAACCCUCACUUGGGCUAUAUCCUCACCUGCCCCUCCAACCUUGGCACGGGGCUGCGGGCAGGUGUCCACAUCAAGCUGCCCCACCUGGGCAAGCAUGAGAAGUUCCCCGAGGUGCUCAAGCGGCUGCGGCUUCAGAAGCGAGGCACAGGUGGUGUAGACACAGCGGCUGUGGGUGGGGUCUUCGAUGUCUCCAACGCAGACCGCCUGGGCUUCUCGGAGGUGGAGCUGGUGCAGAUGGUGGUGGAUGGCGUGAAGCUGCUCAUUGAGAUGGAGCAGCGGCUGGAGCAGGGCCAGGCCAUUGAUGACCUCGUGCCCGCCCAGAAGUGAAGUCCUGGCCUGCACCUGCCACCGCCACCAGCCCCGCUGCUUCCUAACUUAUUGCCUGGGCAGUGCCCGCCAUGCACCCCUGAUGCUCGCUGCCUAGCAGCUGAGCCUUUAGCCUCGCUGUAGAGACUUCUUCCUUCACCCUUGGUAGAGUUUAUUUUUGUGAUGGCUAAGACGUUGCUGAUGCUGAAAUAAACUAGGGUUUUGGCCUGC